AUGGGCGGCAGCCUCGACAGCUGGCUUGCGAAAAGACGAAGUAAAUCCGCCUCACACAUCUCCGCCCCCCCGCAGCAGCCCAAAUCCGACAUGUCCACCACCGUCUCACCGCGCUCGACCACCACCUCCCAACUCCCCUCGCCCACCUCGGCUUACCUCCCUGCACCCGAGGCCCAGUCCACUUCCCACUCUCCCAUUGCCGACUCCUUUCUCGACGCAAAGGCUCAGAAUGCCCGACGCAUGUCUCAGUACGACGCCGCCCGCGGGACCUGGACUCCUGGAAGCUCUUCCACGCCUCAGGCGUCCUUGACUGCGGUGAUGGAGAGCACCAAUGGCGCACCGCCAUCUGGCAGCAACACUUCUUCAGCGCCCCCGUCAGCCUACAAGGCUGGUGAGAAACGCACGUCCCCGAGACCGGAUACUCGCCGUUCCGGGAGCUCAGACUCGGACGAGGGCAUGUUGACUAUGGACAAACGGAGAUCGACCGAGAAGGGGAAAGGCAGAGAGAUUUCGGCGGGUGGUCUUGGAGGAAUCCCGGAGGAGCCGCACAACUCUGCGUCCGCACCGUGGGUGCUUGAUCCCAGUGAGAUGGAGUUGGGUUCGUGGUCUACUGCGAGCAGAGUAGUCUUGGUCCUUGGCGAUCCCACGGUCGGAUCGAUUGAGCCCCUGCUGUCGAACCCAGCGUUCGCCAACACCGCUUUGCUUAUCGGGACCUACAAACCUGUGGCUGCCAUCGAAGACCUGCUAUCCCCUUCGCCCCUCAUGUCGCAGUCGACCCGCCGGGAGAUGUAUCCUACGAUUCACACCUUCCAGCCGUCUGUCGGAAAGGACGAUACGGAAGCGCAAGCCUUUGCCAUCCUCAUUGAUAAGGCAGCCUCUCUUGCCAAGCAAUUCCGGGCUCGCUCCCCUGCGCCUACUCGCUCCCGUAAUGCGUCCUUUGACAGCACAAAUUCCAACUCGUCCAACACAUCGCCAGGAAUGCGGACGAGGGUCAUGUCUGGGCUGGGCAUAUCCACAGGGUCCCGAAGGGCGUCGUACGAGUCAGGCAACCUCACCAGGCCUGCUUCCUCCACUUCCAUCCCGAAUCUUCCAAAGACCAUGUCUACUCAGUCUUUGCGCAGCGAGUCUUCGGCCCGAAGUUCGCGCAACCGUCUUUCCACCGCUUUCAACGGUAUGAUCAGGUCCGAGUCCGAGGCCAAGGACGCUCCUCAUCUCUUUGAUGCCGUGGUCAACUUUAUACCCAGUCCUGGGCCGAAAGGGGCUUUGCGAGAUCUCAUACACCAGGCAUCAAUCGUCACCACUGGUGUCCUGCCUCUUCUUGCUCGACUGCUUGGUAAGGGCAGUGGGGACGACCGCAGCGUCCUUCCCGUGACCCUUCUACACGUUCUCCCCAGCAGGUCCCCAACCGCCUUACCUUUCAUAUUGGAAACGUUUGUGCUCUCCCUUCUCCCCAACUUUCAAGGCCGCUGUGCCCGGGAGCUGUUUGGUUGUGCGGUGCCCUUGUCUGUCUGGCGUGCUCCUCUGGUCAACAUGUCUUCCAGUGUGUUGCACGAUGUCAGCGUCAGCGGCGCCGAAGUCCUUCUUGCCGGCGGAGUGAGAUGUCCCACCCGAGUAGUGACGGGACAUGGUGCAAAGAUGAAGGGCAGGGUCUAUCUUCCGAGCUGGGACUGCUGCAUGACCAUGACGGGCAUGAUUGCCGAGUCCCGCCGUCCGUCUCUCGCCUCUAGCCGCUCCGGCUCUCGUGUAGUGUCACGUCAACCAAGCCCAGGCGACUCUUCCUCUGAACAGCUCGCUACACUGCCCCCACCUCCGCCGGUGGCAGCAUUGCCCCUCUCCACAUUAGGCCCGGUUCCCGUCAGCCCAAGGAGCACCAUGCUAUCUCCUCCUUUGUCGCCUUCGCUGCCCAAGCGCAGGUCGAUGCUCUCGACUGUUGCAGCGGCGGCAGAGCCACCUGUAUCUCCUCCCACCCCUGAUCUCGACCCCAGCGCGUCGAGUUGCUCGUCCAGCUUUGCGCUCGGCGAGACCAAUUCUCAGGGCUCAAACAAUGCUGCGGUUAUCGCCUCUCUCGAGACCACACCCCGCAGCUCGGGUGGCUUGGUGAAUACCGAGUCCCUUGCCGUGCCCAACGAAGGAGAGAUGAAAAAGAAGGGGAGCAGGUCAAACUUGGCGGCAUGGCUUAGGAGAAAAUCCAAGUUGGCAUUGGCCUGA